CUGUUCGCAUUUGCCUCAAAAUCGAAACAAACCGCGAAGCAAAUCAACGCAAAAGGCGCGGGACACCCCAAAAAUUGUACAUUAUUUUCACACCUUUCGUCGCUUCAAAACAUUCAAACGGCCCAAUCGCUGUGUUAAUUAAGUGUUUACCCGUACGACAAACACGAAACAUCAUCGGUGUCGGCGUAGCAAAGCCGUGUAAAUCCCUCCGUUCGCUUGGCGUUUGGUGCUGCCAUCGGUGGCUGUGGUGUUUGCUACGUUGUUACUUUGGUGGGGCCCCCCGUUUGCAGAGAACACACCAAAGUGCAAACAUUCGCACCGACAGUGGGCUAGCGGGCAACGCAACUUCCUACCCCGGGAACGGAACUGAGACAGGCGCGGGCACAAUGGCAAGCUCAUCAAGGGACGCCCAUUUGAACAAAGUGUGCUGCUACUCGCACCCGGAGGCACCACUGAUAGAGGACUACCGGGCCGGCGAUAUGAUAUGCUCCGAGUGUGGGCUGGUGGUGGGCGAUCGGGUCAUCGACGUGGGCUCGGAAUGGCGUACGUUUAGCAACGAAAAGGCAGGCGUGGACCCGUCCCGUGUCGGUGGGCCGGAAAACCCGCUGCUCAGUGGAGGCGAUCUGUCCACCAUGAUCGGUCCCGGCACUGGUCCCGCGUCGUUCGACGCAUUCGGAACUGCCAAGUAUCAGAACCGCCGCACGAUGAGCAGCUCCGACCGGGCGCUGAUUGCGGCGUUCAAGGAAAUCAGCACGAUGGCGGACCGCAUUAACCUGCCGAAAACGAUCACCGACCGGGCGAACAAUCUGUUCAAGCAGGUGCACGACGGCAAAAACCUGAAGGGCCGCUCGAACGAUGCCAAAGCGUCCGCCUGUCUGUACAUCGCCUGCCGGCAGGAGGGCGUGCCGCGAACGUUCAAAGAGAUCUGCGCCGUCAGCAAGAUCAGCAAAAAGGAGAUCGGACGCUGCUUCAAGCUCACGCUCAAGGCGCUCGCCACCUCCGUCGAUCUCAUCACCACCGCCGACUUCAUGUCCCGCUUCUGCGCCAACCUGGACCUACCAAAUGUGGUACAGCGUGCCGCUACGCAUAUAGCUCGGAAAGCGGUCGAAAUGGACAUCGUUCCCGGCCGAUCGCCCAUCUCCGUGGCGGCAGCCGCCAUCUACAUGGCCUCGCAAGCGUCCGAUAACAAGAAAACACACAAGGAAAUCGGCGACAUUGCCGGCGUGGCCGACGUCACGAUCCGCCAGUCGUACCGGUUAAUGUACCCGCACGCGGCCGAACUGUUCCCCGAGGACUUUAACUUCCACACCCCGAUCGAUCAGCUGCCCCCGGUGUAAGCCCCAUCCCUACCCUCCCCUGUGUGUGUGUAUGUGCACGGUUUCCGAGGGCUUUUUCAGCUAACCAAGCCUACUGCUGUGUCUCGCCCUGCUUAAAAGGACAUUCACACACGCACGCACGCUGCAAAGAAAAUCUUAUCUAUUUGCUGAUGGGCACACUGUAAAUCAAUACCACCCACACUCCCUACGGAAAAAACGCAUCAUAUAUGCUGUCAACUGUUCCAAGUCGCUUGGGUAUUGA